AUGAGUAAACUUACUAAAGCAGUUUUUGAGAGAAAUUAUAUCUUGAAAGGAGAUUAUUAUAUUAUAGAUUUAAAUACAAGAAAUCUCGUAAGCAUUAAAAACAUUGACCAAUAUUGUAGAGUAGAUAAAAUAUAAGAAAUGAUUCUUGAAUAGAAUAGUCUUGGUUAAAUAGAAGAAGUUUUUAGACAUAUGUAAUUAAAUUAUACAAGUCUAGGAUUCUUCUUAAGUUAUUAGAGCUUUAAUUAAAUUAAAUCCAAAUAAUAGAAAAUUUAGAACUUCCCAAUUUAGAAUAACUUAAUUUAAAUACUAAUUUUAUCAAAGAAGUUCCUCAAUUACAAUUACCAAGAUUAAAAGUAUUAAAUCUAUCCUUUAAUAAAAUAACAUAUAUUGCUGAUUAAAAUCUUCCAUCAUUAGAAUAACUUAAUUUAUCUGGAAAUUAACUCAUAUAUCUACCUAAAUUAAAUUAAUCUCCACGUCUUAGAAUAUUAGAUGUUCAAAAAAAUAAUUUAAUUUCAAUUACAAGAUUAAUGGGUACUUGUUAAUACUUACAGGAUUUAAAAAUGGGAUAUAAUUAAGUUCCUGGAGAAUAUAUUGAUGAAUUAUGUGCAGUUAUUCAAACUUUGCCAAGUCUUGACAAAAUUGAUUUCAAAGGAAAUCCAGUUUCUUAAAUUAAUGGUUAUGAGAUUAGAUUAUUAAAAGCGAAACCAGGUUUAAAAUAUAUAGAUAAUAUUCAUUUAUCUGAAAAUAUCAUUUAAAAUCUUUAGGUUUUGAUUCAUUUCUAUUUUAGAAUAUGGAAAAAACAAAGACUUUUAAUGAUUUGGUAGAAUUAACAAAAGAAUAAUAUUAUAAAUGGAUAUAAGAAAGAGAAGAAGUAAGAAGAGUCAUGCAGAAAUAAUUAAAUUAGUAAAAACUUAGAUUAGAUUUUCAAUUUGAAGACAAAGAAGAAGAUAACAUAGAGGAAAUGAAAGAAUUUUUCGAUUUUAUUAAAGAAAUUGAAGCUAAAAAGAAAAGAGGUGAAAAAUUAAAUAUGGAUGAUUAAAAUAUUUAAUUAUGGAGAUAGAGAUUAUUAUAAUCUGAAAAUUAAAGAAUUUAAGCUUAAUAAUUAGUCAGAUAACAAUAAAUCAAAAAUAAUGAGUAAUAAAUAAAUAAUUAUGUAUCAACUAAAACAAUGAUGGUAAUUUCAUUAUUAAAUAUUUAGCAAAAACUAUUUGAAAUUGCCAUUAAUGAACCUGAAAUGUGGAAAGAAAUAAAAAGGAAGGAACUUGUAUAAAUACCUUAGGAAUAAAGUGAUGAACCCUCUUCUGGAAUGAGAUCUAUGAAUAGUAUUGAAACACCAUAAGAAUCAGGAAGUAGAAGUGGAAAUUAUAGUGUAAGGAGUGGAAAGUCAAGAUUUUGA